GAAGCCUUCUGGCUUCACAGACCCCAGUUGAACCGUCCAACCCAUGCUAGCAUGGAAAGUGGACGCUAAACGAUGAUGAUGAUGAUGAAAAGAAAAAGAAGGGAAGUAUUUAAUACUGUGAGAAUGUUUUAAAGGGUUGGUUUUUUUUUGUGAUUGCUUGGAAAGAUGUCAGAAGAGUUAAGAAAAUUAUCAUAUCACUGUGAUAUCUGUGGUAAACUGUUCUCUCAGAAAAGUAACCUAACUUCUCACAAACAUCUUCAUACAGAAGAGAAGCCAUAUCACUGUGACGAAUGUGGUAAAUCAUUCUCUCGAAAUGAUCUCUUGACUAUACACAAACGUAUUCAUACUGGAGAAAAGCCGUAUCAGUGUGUUAUCUGUGGUAAAUCGUUCUCUAGAAGUAGUGAUUUAACUAAACACAAACGUACUCAUACAGGAGAGAAACCAUAUCACUGUGACAUCUGUGGUAAAUCCUUCUCCACAAAUAGUGUCUUAACUAAACAUGUACGUAUUCAUACAGGAGAGAAACCAUAUCAUUGUGAUAUCUGUGGUAAAUCAUUCUCUGGAAGCAGCGUCUUAACUAAGCAUAAACGUAUUCAUACGGGAGAGAAACCAUAUCAGUGUGAUAUCUGCGGUACAUCGUUCUCAGAAACUGGUCACUUAACAGUACACAAACGUAUUCAUACAGGUGAGAAGCCAUAUCACUGUGAUACCUGCAGUAAAUCAUUUACCCGAAUUGAUCACUUAACUAAACACAAACGUAUUCACACAGGAGAGAAGCCAUAUCAUUGCAAUAUCUGCGGCAAAUCAUUCUCAGAAACUAGUCAUUUAACUAUCCACAAACGUAUUCAUACAGGUGAGAAACCAUAUUAUUGUGACAUCUGUGGCAAAUCAUUCUCUCAGAAUGGAUAUUUAACAACGCAUAAGCUUGUGCACACGGGAGAAAAACUAUAUCAUUGUGAUGUCUGUGGUAAAUCUUUUUCCCAUGGAAGUAACUUAACUACUCACAAACGUAUCCACACAGGUGAGAAACCAUAUCAUUGUGAUGUCUGUGGUAAAUCAUUUGCUGAAAAUGGAACCUUAACUAGACACAAACGUAUUCAUACAGGAGAGAAGCCUCAUUAUUGUGAUAUCUGUGGUAAAUCAUUCUCUCGUAAAGGUGAAGUAAAUAUACACAUACGUAUUCAUACAGGAGAAAAACCAUAUCGCUGUGAUAUCUGUGGUAAAUCAUUCUCUAAAAACGAAAACCUAACUACACAUAAGCGUAUUCAUACAGGAGAGAAACCAUAUUGCUGUGAUAUCUGUGGUAAAUCAUUCUCUCAAAAUGAGAACUUAACUACUCACAAACGUGUUCAUACAGGAGAGAAGCCAUAUCAGUGUGAUGUUUGUGGCAAAUCUUUCUCUGAAAUUGGUCACAUCACAAGGCACAAACGUAUUCAUACAGGAGAGAAACCAUUUCACUGUGAUAUCUGUGGUAAGUCAUUCUCUGAGAAUGGAGUUUUAACCAAACACAAACGAAUUCAUACUGGAGAGAAGCCAUUUCACUGUGAUAUCUGUGGUAAAUCAUUCUCUGAACCUGGUCAUGUAACAAAACACAAGCGUAUUCACACAGGAGGGAAGCCAUAUCAGUGUAAUGUUUGUGAUAAAUUUUUCUCUGAAACUAGUCAUGUAAUAAGACACAAACGUAUUCAUACAGGAGAGAAGCCAUAUCACUGUGAUAUCUGUGGUAAAUCAUUCUCUCAAAAUGGAAGUCAUUUAACUAGACACAGACGUAUUCAUACAGGAGAGAAGCCAUAUCACUGUGAUAUCUGUGGUAAAUCAUUC